AACGCAUUUUCUUCACAGUUUAUGACGGUUCCCCUAACGGGUAGUUCCUUUCUACGCUUUACGGCACGGUGCUCGGAAUAUUGAGUUAAUUUUUCGGUUUAAUUUGCACAUGUGUUUCUUGUGAUCCAAUAACCCAACCUUCGUUCUCCUUUUGAUUGCCGAAAGUGAAGAAACAAAAUCGAAUUUAUUUUGGUUAGAAAAUUUUAUUCGCCAGUCAACGAAGAAGUAAAGAAACCGUCUAAAUUUUUUUCUCAAACAAACAAAUUAAAUAUAAAUAGCACAGAGAAGAGAGCGAUUCUAUUCGUGUUGUGUAAAAUAAAAGGCGAGUGUCGUAAGAAUCAAAUUUAGGAAAGAACAAAAACGUUGCAACCCCAUUUAGUGUUCCUCUAAAAAUACUAUCGGCCAUUUUUGGAAAACAGAGACAUUUGCUUUGGGACAUAACAGACUGGCCACGUGCAAAUUGUCAUUGCAUAAAUAUCUACAAUAUUUGUUGAUCAAAUAGGCAAAUUUUCCCAAUAAACAACGGCCCUUAAACCUUGACAAAAAGUAAAAGUUCUACUCUGGGAACUUAUUAAAAUAGCGGAAAAAACAAUACAACGCCACCACCAAUUAAAUCACCAAUCAAUAUUCGAAAAGAAACAUUUAAUAGAAUUGUGUGAAAGCAUUUAUUUCUUUCAACCGGAUAUUUCCAGUUACAAAACCCACUGAAGAAAAACUACAACAACAACAGCAAAAAUGGUGAACAUAACUGAUAGCGGUGGCAAACAUGCACCCCAAGAAAUGGAACAAUUCUUGCCCGGCGAUGGCUUGGCCGGAAAUACAAAAUACAAAAUCCAGCCGCGUAAAGAUGCUGAACAGGCUGCCUUGAAUCAAACAGAUUAUGAUCCAUUUGCUGACAGACAAAAUGAACAUCCCACAACUGACAGUGAAACGUUGACGCAUUUGCUGAAAGCCUCUCUGGGUACUGGCAUUUUAUCCAUGCCCAUUGCUUUUAUGUACUCUGGUAUUAUAAUGGGUAUUUUUGCAACAAUAGUAACCGCCUUCAUCUGUACACAUUGCAGUUAUAUUUUGGUGAAAUGUGGCCACAAACUGUAUUACAAGACACGGCGUUCACAAAUGAGUUUUGCCGAAAUUGCUGAAGUUUCAUUUCAAAAUGGUCCCAAAUGGUGUCGUGGUUUUGCACCGGUAGCAAAAUUCUCUAUUUUGUUUGGCUUGUUCCUAACCUAUUUCGGUACCUGUUCAGUGUACACUGUCAUUGUGGCUAAGAAUUUCGAACAGGUCUUAAAUCACUGGACCGGAACUGAAGUUUCGCUACGCAUGCUCAUCUCUUGUUUACUCAUACCCUUGAUUUUGCUCUCAUGGAUCCCCAAUUUGAAAUAUUUGGCACCCGUUUCCAUGAUUGCCAAUGUUUUUAUGGGUUUGGGUCUGGGCAUUACCUUCUACUAUUUGGUACAGGAUUUACCCUCCAUUGAAACCAGAAAUUAUUUCCAAAUGUCAACACUACCGGCAUUCUUCUCGAUAACCAUUUUCGCCAUGGAAGCCAUUGGUGUGGUUAUGCCAUUGGAAAAUAAUAUGGAAAAUCCACGUCACUUCUUGGGCAUUUGUGGUGUUCUCAGCCAGGGUAUGUCUGGUGUCACCUUGAUUUAUAUGUUUUUGGGUUUCUUGGGCUAUUUGCGAUAUGGUGAAGGUACCGAAGAAAGUAUUACCUUGAAUUUGCCUGUUCAUGAAUGGCCUGCCCAAGCUGUUAAGGUUUUGAUUGCUUUGGCUGUAUUCUGUACAUUCGGUUUACAGUUCUAUGUCUGCCUGGAAAUUGUAUGGGAUAGUAUUAAGGAAAAAUGUACCAAACGUCCAAUAUUGGUCAACUAUGUUUUAAGAACUGUCUUGGUAACCGCUGCUGUAGUUUUGGCUGUGUCAGUACCUACAAUAGCUCCAUUUAUGGGUCUUAUUGGUGCCUUCUGCUUCUCCAUUCUUGGUCUGAUAUUCCCCGUUUUCAUUGAGAUGGUCACACAUUGGGACACUGGAUUUGGUGCAUACAACUGGAUUGUAUGGAAAAAUAUUGUCAUCUUUUUGUGUGGCAUUGCUGCCUUAGUAUUCGGCUCGAAUAGUGCCAUUGCUGAUAUUAUGAAAUUGUAUUCAGAUGAUACGAGUGCAGCCCCAGUUGCUGGUGGAAUAUCAUAAGAAAACCCGAAAACUCCAAAGUUGUAAAAAAGCAAAGAUGUUAUUUACAAAAUGAAUCUAGUAUUUGGUGCAAAAUGCUAUUUUUUAGAAUAUUAUUAUCGAAGAAGUGGAAGAAGAAAACAAAAGACACUUAAUAUUGAGAAGCUUUUUUGUGUUGUUUAUAUAACUGCUCCCUAACUAUUGUUAGUGGAAUAUCUCUGGAGCUUAAAUUACAUAUAUAUAUAAACUUGCACAUAGCAAUAUCAAGACAAAAAAAUAUAACAACAUCUAUUAUUUUUUUUUUUAACAAAAUGUUUUAUGUAUACAAAACAACAACAACAUUGUGCACGCUUUUUGUAAGAUAUCUUUAAGAAGAACCACAUCUACCGCAACUACAUAAUUAAGAAAAUCCUGCAUGAUCUUUUUAAGAAUAUUUUCUCUAAACGAAACAGUGCCUUUAUUUUUAUAUAAAACUCUGUUUCCUUUGUUUUGUAGUAACAACAAAAUUAUAUGAAUAGAAUAUAUAUAUAAAACAAAAUGGAGAAAAAAUUUAGAAAUUUAAUAUUAUAUUUAUUAAUUAUCGUUUUUAUUUUCGCUCUUUUUUUAAUUCUAUUUUAUCUUUGUUAAUUAUGUUCCAAAGAUAAUGUUCUAUUUUGUAUUGCUCUUUGCCUGCUCUUUUUCGUAUUAGACUUUAGUCUAGUGAAAUAGAAUAGAAGUUUAUAUAUUUUAUGUAAUAUUUAAUUGCAGAAGAUUUAUUUUGUUUUAUACAUUUUUUUCUUUAUCUCUAUUUUUUUU